GGCCACGCGGCGGGACGUGGGCGGCGGCUCGGGGCGGGUGCUGGAACGGUCCCCAGACAAGGACACCGGGGAGAGAAUCCGGGAGCCGGACGCCUGGGUCCCUAGGGAGCAGCCAUCCGGGGCCGCACGCCUAGGUCCUCGAGGAUAAUGAGGGGGAUGCAUGCUAGGGCCCCUGCAGAAAGCGAGGGCUGAGGGGAUCAGGAAGCCGGCAUCUGAGUUCUCGCAGGGAUGUGGGGGCCGGAGGACUGGGUUCUCCGGUGCAGGCUGCGAUGCAGAGGCGGAGGAAGGAGGAGCAGGGUCUUCAAGAAGUCGAGCCCUAACUGCAAGCUCACCGUAUACUUGGGCAAGCGGGACUUUGUAGAUCACCUGGACAAAGUGGAUCCUGUAGAUGGCGUGGUGCUCGUGGACCCUGAUUACUUGAAGGACCGAAAAGUGUUUGUGACCCUCACCUGCGCCUUCCGCUAUGGCCGCGAGGACCUGGAUGUGCUGGGCUUGUCCUUCCGCAAAGACCUGUUCAUCGCCACCUACCAGGCCUUCCCCCCAGUGCCCAACCCGCCCCGGCCCCCCACCCGCCUGCAGGACCGGCUGCUGAGGAAGCUGGGCCAGCAUGCCCACCCCUUUUUUUUCACAAUACCCCAGAAUCUGCCCUGCUCUGUCACACUGCAGCCAGGCCCAGAGGACACAGGGAAGGCCUGUGGGGUAGACUUUGAGAUUCGAGCCUUCUGUGCCAAAUCAUCAGAAGAGAAAAGCCACAAAAGGAACUCUGUGCGUCUGGUGAUCCGAAAGGUGCAGUUUGCCCCAGAGAAACCCGGCCCCCAGCCUUCAGCUGAAACCACACGCCACUUCCUCAUGUCUGACCGGUCCCUGCACCUUGAGGCUUCCCUGGACAAGGAGCUGUACUACCACGGGGAGCCCCUUAAUGUCAAUGUCCACGUCACCAACAACUCCACCAAGACUGUCAAGAAGAUCAAAGUCUCUGUGAGACAGUAUGCCGACAUCUGCCUCUUCAGCACCGCCCAGUACAAGUGUCCUGUGGCUCAGGUCGAACAAGAUGACCAGGUAUCUCCCAGCUCCACGUUCUGUAAGGUGUACACCAUAACCCCGCUGCUCAGCGACAACCGGGAGAAGCGCGGUCUUGCCCUGGAUGGGAAGCUCAAGCACGAGGACACUAACCUGGCUUCCAGCACCAUCGUGAAGGAGGGUGCCAACAAGGAGGUGCUGGGAAUCCUGGUGUCCUACAGGGUCAAGGUGAAGCUGGUGGUGUCUCGCGGCGGGGAUGUCUCCGUGGAGCUGCCUUUUGUUCUUAUGCACCCCAAGCCCCAUGACCACAUCACCCUUCCCAGACCCCAGUCAGCUGCUCCUGAAACAGAUGCCCCUGUGGACACCAACCUCAUUGAAUUUGAUACUAACUAUGCCACAGACGAUGACAUCGUGUUUGAGGACUUUGCCCGGCUUCGGCUGAAGGGGAUGAAGGAUGAGGACGACGACCAGUUCUGCUAGGAAGGGGGGCUGAAAGAAGGGAGUGGAUGGUGCUGGGAGAGGUAGGGGCAGGAACAAGAUCCCCACUGUCAUUGGGGGGGGCCCAGCCUCACUUCCCUUCCCCUCCAUCUAGCGGCUUCCUCAACCAUCCCUUUCCCUCCCUCCCUCUCCCCAUCCCCCCUAGAUACACACUGGACCCAUCUCUUGUUGAAUGUGGGCAUUAAUUUUUUUACUACAGCUAUGCUUCCCCAAGCCCCCAAUGGGCAGCAAGCUGUGUUCACACCUAAAUUUUUUGGAGAGGGACACUGAAAAGAGGAGUGACAGUAGAAAAACAGGGGAGAAAGAACUCCCACACUCAGCCUCACACCAACACCCCCUUCUGUCACUAUCUCUGCUCCCAGUCCUUCAAGAUGAGACCCUUUGGGGGGCAAGGCCACUUCUUUGUUUCUGAGCAUAAAGAAGAAAAUAAACCUUUUAAUAGGCA